AACAAUCUAAACUAAAAGUCAAAACCUCUAAAUAAUAUCUAUGUGUUUAACCAAAAAACAUGCUGUUUUGAAAAAAAAAUUGAUUUACUUGAUUUUUAUCAUACAAUUUAUUUUUUCUGCUCGUAACCCAAAUUAAAUUGUGAUUUUGUUUUGUAGUUAUUAUGGGUAAAAAGAAUAAGGAUUCUCUUGGACGGUCUCUUAUUAAAGAUAGAUUCUCGAAAAACCGUCACCGAAAGCAUGUCGAAGAUAACACAAUGUUACACACCACAGAAAUCAAUGAUGGUUAUGACUGGGGUAGGCUGAAUCUCCAGUCAGUGACAGCAGAGUCUUCUUUGCAAGAGUUCUUGUCUACCGCAGAGCUUGCACAGCGAGAGUUCACUGCUGAGAAAAUGAACUUGAAAUAUGUGAAGUCAGUGCCUAGUGAAGUGGGAGUGGCAACCUCACAACCAAAUUUUGAUAAACCAUUAACUGUACCAAGAAGACCACAAUGGCAACCUGGGAUAACAGCUGAAGAGCAAAUAAAUAGAGAGAGAGAUUCAUUCCUCAAAUGGCGAAGACAUCUUAAUGAAUUACAGGCUAAGCUUGGUGCAGCUCUUACACCCUAUGAAAGAAACAUUGAAUUUUGGAAACAGCUUUGGAGAACUUUAGAGAAGGCAGACAUUGUAUUGAUUCUUUUGGAUGCUAGAAAUCCUCUCUUAUUUAGGUGUGUAGAUUUGGAAAAGUAUGCAUCUGAACAAAAAUGCAAAUGUAUACUGCUGUUGAAUAAGGCAGAUUUAAUAAGCGAAUAUGUGCGAAAGUGUUGGGCAGAUUAUUUCAAUAAAGAGAAUAUACCCAUUAUGUUCUUUUCUGCUGCCAAAACCACUAAAGACAGGAAGUUAUCUGAAAAUGAUGAAACAAAAGAUACAGUUGAAAAUUCUGAUACAGAAUCUGCUGAUUCAGAAAUAGAUGAAGAUUCAGAUGUUGAUUUAGAAGUAGAAGCAUUAAAAUCCACAGAAGAAGAUAUAGAAUUAUUUAAAAGGCAAUUGAAUGACUUAGAUUUAGCUGUUUCCAAUACAGCUAAUAAAAUAGAUAGGAUUCAAAUUGCAUUAGACAAAGUUGUUGAAAAUCUAAGACUGGGAAGACCAGUAGAACCUUUCCACAAUGAUCAAAUUGUAAAUGUUAGUAAUGGUUCGAGAGAAUAUAUUUCAGAGGAUGAAGAUUCUAUAAAAGUACAAAAUUCUUUUGAAAUUUAUGAUCGAGAUAAAUUAAUUGAAGUUUUAAAAGGUCAGAAAAUAGGAAACCUAAAAAAUCCACCUAGGCUAACUGUAGGAAUGAUUGGUUAUCCAAAUGUAGGAAAAUCUAGUACUGUCAAUGUUUUAAUGCAGACUAAGAAGGUGAGUGUGAGUGCAAUGCCAGGUCACACGCGACAUGUGCAGUCACUGAUUCUGGAUGAAGAGCUGGAAAUUCUGGAUUGCCCUGGUUUGGUGUUGCCAGCUUAUGCUGUCGCGCCCGAUCUGAUGUUGACCGCUGUUCUAUCUAUUGAUCAGAUGCGUUCUCACGACGCUGCAAUGGCGCGCCUUUGUGAACUUGUGAGCAAACACACAUUCGAAGUAAAAUAUGGUUUACUGUUACCAGACAGUGAUGAUAGCAAAAUGAACUACAAGCAAAUACUUACUGCACACGCGUACAACCGAGGAUUCAUGACGGCGGCCGGCCAACCCGAUCAGUCGCGCUCUGCCCGCUUGCUCCUCAAGGAUGCGGCCAGCGGUCGCUUACGGUGGGAACAGUUACCACCUGGCUGUGAACCAGCACUGGAUGACCUGAUAGAACAGAAGAAAACAGAGAAAAGGAAGCCCACGCCACGGGAGGCGAGGAUGGUGGAGGGUUGGUCGAACAAAUCAGCUGAAAUCGACAACGCUUUCUUUGCUAUACAGAAAAGUACUGCACAUGUGAAAGGGAAACCGAUAAUGGGUAUUGGUGUUGGCGCACAACAGGCAGGUCAGACGGGGAAACCUUGGAAAGCAGAAAAGAAACACGCAAACAAAAACAAGAGAGAAAAACUCAGAAGAGUUUACGCACAUUUAGAUGAACACUGAUGUGAGAGAUACAUAUUGUAAAUUGCCUAGUUAGAGAGAGAUGGAGAAUAUGUAUGUAAUAUGUUUUGAUAAGUACAGUUAUUAAAAUGAAAGGAACUGUUA